AGUAGGAAGGUCGAGAGAAACACGUCUACAUCCGACUUCUCAUCAGGAAUUAAGCAUGAAGCCCUUUGUGUUGCAGUUUCUGAAGCCAUUACUGAGUCUGAGUGUGAUUUUUCUUUCCCUAACUUGCGCUGUGUUGCUUAUUAAGAACAACUCCAGGCUGUUGACGAUGCUGCCUGGUCCAUUAGACCCAGGUGACCCGGACUUAAUUGACUACGUUAAGUCACGGUAUCUCCACCCUCCCUCUACAGGACCGUACAACUUGAAGGUGGACCGCCUGAAUCCGGCUGAGAGGCUCUACAACGCCUACAGGUUUAGUGACUACGGCUGGCCAGAGCUAGAUCGCAUUAUAAAAACGCUUUUCGAUCACAAAUCAGAUGGUUUUUUCGUAGAAGCUGGAGCUCUAGACGGCGAAUAUCUUUCCAAUACUUUGUACUUAGAGAGGGAAAAAGGAUGGAAAGGAUUACUGGUGGAACCUGAUGAAGAGAUGUUUAGGCUUUUAAGAAAAAAAAACAGAAAAACAUGGUCUAUACAUUCGUGUCUAGCAACCAAGCCGUACCCCAUGAAGACAACCUUAGUAAAACUAUCAAAAAAGGUCAACCUGUUCGACGACAUGACCAUCACUGGCUCCCGUGCCCACAACUUCCUGGCGGGCGCGCCCUACGGCUCCGUCGGCGCCAGCGAAAUUGGCUAUCAGACAUUCGAGCGAGUGCAGUGCUUCCCCCUUCAGACGAUCCUGCUUGCCCUUGGGGUCAGGCACGUUGACCUCGUGUCGCUGGACAUCGAAGGCGUGGAACGCGACGUGCUCCGGUCGUUCUGGUCGUCGGGGUGCGACGUGGUCGGAGCUCCCACGUGCGUCGAGGUCGAUGUGUGGAUCGUGGAGAGCGUGGACGAUAAAAUCUUAGAGCUGGAAUUUGCCGCCAAUGGAUACAGUGUCUAUACCGUCCUGAAGGAUCUAUAUCCGUACAAUUAUGUAUUUAUCAAGAAUGGAACAGAAGUUCACAGGAGAGCCUUCACUCAACUUCAGUGAUGUAGAUGAUGCAUUGUCACAGUAGUGAUACGAUCUUAAAUUUUUAUUACAUGAUAUAAUUACCAUUAUUCACGUACCAGCUGUUCUUAUUCUUGUACUAAGGCUAUGAUAAUGACAUAAUAAAAUAAAUAAUAAUAAAAAUAAUUCUUUU